UAAAAGAUUACUUAUUAUAAUUUUAAGAAUUUCUUGUUUUACUUGUAUUUAUGACUCAUUUCUUGUCGUUUAGAGGGAGGAAAGAGUAAAAGAGCGAUUGUGUUAAAAUUGAAGAAAAAGACGUUUUGCGAACUAACCGGGAAAAUGGAAGGAAGGUCGGCUAGAGACUCGAGGGAGGAGGGAAAGAGCCCUUGGAAACUGUCUCCAACGGAUUUAGCUGUUUUACUAUAUUACCCUUCUCCGUUUAAUUGGGCCAAAAGUGCAAAAACAAGGUUAGGCCAACCCAAAUAUAAAUGCCCAACGACUCUUCCCUCCUCUUGUUCUUGGGCUUUGCUUUCAUGUCCAAACCCAUUUUCAAGCACCAAGCAAAUGAACCAAAGCAUAUUCCUUGCCUAAUGUGAUUGGAAAACGGCAUCUUUGUUGUUUUGUUUUUUUGAGAAAAAACGGCAUCUUUGUUGUAACAAGAUAAACGAAGGUCUCUUGCUCCACCACUAGUUCCUAUCCACUGUAGCGAAUCCCUUUCUGGUGCGGUGUUUCAAACUCUAACUUAGCCUUUCGUUUCUUCGUCAGAGUUCCUCUCUGAAAUGCUGACUGAAACUGAGCUCAAGCGUAGAAGUCUCCUCUCAUGGACUCUUUAAUCCUUAAACCCAGUUUUAACUAUUUUAAACCCAGUUUUAACUAUUUCUUUUUGAAUCCUCCAAAUCCUGGCGCUAAAUCUUUCUAUCCUAAACACUUGUCAUUCUUCAAGUUGACUUAUUUUACCAAAUUUAAAAAUUCUCCUAUUUGUUUGUCCUGUAGAACUCCUUCAAAUCGGCAAAACCCCAAUUCAGACUGUAAUAGUAGCGUCUGUUCUUUUAACCCUUUAUGGGUUUUCGUCCCAAUCUUUCAACGCGUCAAGGGCGUAGCUUCUUCUCAAACCAAGAAAUGGGUUUCUCGCCUACGAGCUUAUAGCGAGGAAUCGAAGAAAGCAAUGAACUGUUACAGUGGCAAUUACUUGCAAAACGGAGCUUUUGGAGUGGCUUUAUUAAGCAUUACAUCGAACGCUAAGGUUCGAAUUAGUCCUUUUGUAGCGACAUUGGCAGCAAACCCAACUUUUAUAUCGGGUUUGCUCGCAUGGUUUGUGGCCCAAUCAAUAAAGGUGAUUUUGAAUUUCUUUGUGGAGAGGAAAUGGGAUUUAAGAAUACUGUUUGCUUCUGGAGGGAUGCCAUCUUCACACUCUGCUUUAUGCACUGCUUUGACAACAUCAGUGGCGCUUUGUCACGGGGUGGCUGAUUCGUUAUUUCCAGUUUGUUUGGGGUUUAGCCUUAUAGUUAUGUAUGAUGCAAUCGGUGUUAGGCGUCACGCUGGAAUGCAAGCUGAGGUUCUUAAUCUUAUCGUUGAGGACCUGUUUCAAGGGCAUCCUAUCAGUGAGAGAAAACUCAAGGAACUUCUUGGGCAUACUCCGCUACAAGUCUUUGCUGGAGCUGUGCUUGGCAUUCUGGUUGCUUGUUAUUUUUGUCAGGGUGGCUUAGUUGUAACUUAGGUCUUCUUCUGUGGGCAAUUUUGGCUUAGAUUUGUGUCAAUGGCAAUGAUUUGCUGCCGUAGCUCAUUCUGUUCGGCCUUCAGAGUUGAUGUAUUUUAUUGUUAUCCAAUAAUUGAAGGACAUCAGAAUAUUGAGAAAUAGAAAUUGAAGUCUCCUGUCUGCA